GCCACCUUGGAGGAGCGGCUGCUCCGAAGGCGGUUGCGGGCGGGCACAACCUCUGCGGGAGCCGCCGGCAGCGGAAGCAGCCGCCUCCCCGUCCGCCUGGCCAAGGCUAGAAACGCCCCCCAGGAGGCACCUGCGCCGCCCUCGGCAACAGCGCCAAAUGCGCGCCGGGAGGAGCCGGAGCCGGAGCCAUCCAAGCAGCCGCGGCGUUCCCGGCUUUGCCUCCGCUUUCGACUUGUGGCUCCGUCUCCCCACGGUGGGUUUUCCCUCAAAAUCCGAGCCUUCGUAGACGAGACUUUCCGGGUUUCGCCCGCGGGGAGAUCCAUCCUGGCCGCUUGGGCGCCUAGAUCCCGACCUGAAGGGCUCUUUCUGUCUGCGUUUUUACGCGCCAGGCUGCGAGCGGGGAAAGGUGCUUGGUUGCUGCUCCGAUGAGGAAUUUCUCUGCAAGGUCAUCUCUCCUGGCUGCCGGUGCUGCGGCGGCCGCUGCUGCUUCCUCCUGGCUGCGGAAGACCAGCUGCGAGGAAGAGUCGCCUGUGGCCGCACCUCUCUCCGCCUAGGCCCUUCUCAGCAAGAAGCUGGGCGAAGCUGACGGGAGCCUUGCAACGCAUUGCGUUCCCAUGGGGACUGUACCAGAUCCUCUGAGGUCUGCCAAGCGUCCGCUGGUCACCACUUCCGAGGAGGAAAAUGACCUGAAAAGGUUGCAGUCCUCUAAACACCAGCACAAGCAAGCGAGCAUAGAGAGCAACAGUAAUGGAUUUCCUUUCAAUGCCAAGGUGCAACCUGCUGGAGAUCGCCUGCUUGAAGGGAACUGCGGGGCGGAAGCUGAUGCUGCAGCGGGCGAACGGCAUUGUGGGUAUGACACUGGGAAACCAAGAAUGUUUUCUCCUGGGUCCUCCAGCCCAUCCAAAGAAGACUGCCUAGCAGUUCUGGAGCCGGGGAAUAACUCUGAGCAGGAAAGCAGCAGUGAUGCCGGAGCUCAAGGCCAGGACCCAGCAAAAGAACAUGCUGCAGUCAAGGCACCUGCUACCCAGGAAGCCAAAGAAAUUGUGCCAAGUGGUGCUGGAGGGCAACUUUGCUGUGCAGCAGAUAAGGCAAGCUCUCUGCCUGGAGGUGGUGGCAGAGUCACAGAGAGCAGAGCUCAUGGCAGGUCUCCUCCUCCUUCAGAUGCCCAGCAAGCUGCUCCAACCACAAAGGAAAUUGUGGGUGAAAGGAUUGGUCCCGAAGUGACGCAGGUGCCAGACUCAGCAAAGGAACUGGAGCCUGUCUCUGAUCUUGUGCUGAAGGCCCACAGUUGUUCAGAUGCAGAGCCAAAGGGCUCAAAGGAGGCAGGCUCUGAUCCUGGCUCAAGAACUGCACCAGAGAUGGUCCCCAAACCCAGCCUUGGGAGCACACCACAGCCUUCGUGUGGUGACAAGGCUGCGGAGAAGGUAGGGCCUGAGCCCUCCGAGUUCAAGGACACAGGGACCAUGAUGGUGCAACCUGAGGGUAGGGUUGCAGGUGAGGAGGUGGCAAGCAGGACCCAUCAGGAUGCCGGAGUGCAGGCUGUAGCCACCAUGGAAAGCAGAUCAGCGUCUACCAGCCCAAGCAUCUUUGCUGCAUUCUUACGGGAAAACAUGCCUCCCCAGGCAACACGGAAGCAAGACCAGUUGCACAUUAUUUACACGGUAGCCGGCGGGAAGGAGCAAUCGGAAAUUGUUGACGACUUUGCGGCGCUUGUCCAGACAGCCGUGUCUGCUGCCACUGUGACCGAAGCCCAUAUCCAGGCAGCAGCUGCAGUAGACGGGGGGUUGGCAGUUCAGGCUGUCAAACUUCAAGAGAGCACAGCAGGCACUCAUGAUACAGCCCACUCGACUUUGUCAGGCAACGCGACGUAUCCCUGCCCACCAGCCUCUGGCAGUGUGCAAGAAACGUCGUCCAAGGUGACAGAAGCACAAACAGCAAAUGCAGCCAGCCAUCGCAGCGAUGCUUGUCAGCAGCCGCCGGACACUUCAGUCUUGCUGAAGACAGCACCGAUUUACCAGAUUACUGUCAAUGGCAGCGCUUCCCCACACCCUGCGAGCAGCGAAACCAAGCUACCUCCACCUUCUGCUCUCCCAGGAAUCAAUAGCAAACCUCAGCACCUUGGACCCUCCUCUGCUGCGGAAAGCCAACAGGCACCACCAGCCUCUUGCGGCAUAUCUGAACAAGACAAGGCUCACGGUACCGCUGGGGGCACUCCCGAUAGCGGUUGCAGAGAGCAGCUGCGUACUGAGACGGUUAGGAGUCUUGAGACGGUUCCGGCCAGCCUCCAUGUGGACGUCAAACCAAAGGGGGAAGGGAAACCCGUCCCUCUCAGCCCGAAGGAACAGGGGACGACUAAUGCUGCAGGAGCAGCUACUGCGCCCCCGACCGUGUGUGCCCCAGCCACGGCAAAAAUUGCACAGGAUAAACUUCCAGGCAAAGAGGCAGGGGGAUUUGGCAGUCGGAAUCUGGAAGCUGAGUCUGGGUUGAGUAGAAAUUCUGGCCCUGGCCUAGGAACCAAAAGCAACAGAACUAAGAAGGGAGAGAAGGGCAAUCUUUCAGCCUCUCCUGCUUUGCCCUUGCCAAAGCUCGGGGAGAAGAAGAAAGAAGGCAAAUCUGCCACGGAGGGCAGAGGGCACCUGAAGCAGUCUAAGCGUGUCCGGGAUGUCGUGUGGGAUGAGCAGGGCAUGACUUGGGAGGUUUACGGGGCCUCCCUUGACCCUGAGUCGUUGGGGGUCGCCAUCCAGAAUCACUUGCAGAGGCAGAUUAGAGAACACGAAAAACUGAUUAAGGCCCAAAACAGCCAGACCCGGAAAUCUGUUUCUUCGGAUACGUCUUCAAAUAGAAAACUUAAAGGGAGGCAGCACAGUGUUUUCCAAUCCAUGAUGCAGAAUUUCAGGCGCCCCAAUUGCUGCGUUCGCCCUGCUGCUUCCUCUGUGUUAGACUGAAACAGUCGGGAAGGUGACGAGUGUCCGUUUGUAGCCAUUUGUUUCUGUGUGUGCACAGAAAUCUGUAGAAAAUAAGCCCAGGAGCUUGGCUUUGAUGCUUGAGAUUCUGAUAUAAUGAUUUGGGGGGGGGGGCAGAGUAACGGCUGUGUAUUGUAUGCCCAGUAAGUCAUCACAUCUGAGCUGUCUUGUUUUCUGCAAACAACACAUGCAGCUUUUACGUUUACUUAGAAGCCACUCCGGUCUAUUGCCAAACGACAACAUAAGCACUUAAAAACGAAGCACAAUGUGAGAUUGCCAAUUUACUGCACCAACGCGAGGCAGCUUUUUGCAGACGGAAGAGAGGGGAGGCAUCAAAACCCUUUGCAAACGCCUUUCACAUACGACUAGGUCUUAACAAUGUCAAUAAUGAAAACUUCAACAACUGUGUGUUAAUGUAGCAAAUAUUCCCAAGUACCUGGAUCAGGUUGCGUUGGUGCUGAGAGUCAAAUGAACUGGCUUUCUUAAAAUGAUAGACACUUUGAGAGCUCUUUGAGGAGGAGGUAAAAAGAUAUCAGCUUGCAAUUAGGGUGGUAUUCCAAGUACGCCUGCACCCCUUUUGCCUCACACGCUAAGGAGCCCUGAGGGAUCCUGUACCAAUCACAUGCCAGCCUUUGCCAACCUGGGGCCAUCCAGAUGUUUUGUACUACCGUGUUUCUCAUAUUAUAAGACAUGUCUUAUAUUUAUUUUUUCCUCAAAAAAACACACUAUGGCUUAUUUUCAAGGGAUGUCUUAUUUUUUUCCUCCUCCUCCUGCCGCAGCCGGCAUUGCUGCUGCGCCUAUCACUAUGUCUUAUUUUCGGGGUAUGGCUUAUAUUCCUUGAAUGCUUAAAAAUCCUGCUAUGGCUUAUUUUAUGGGUAUGUCUUAAAAUAUGAGAAACAGGGUACAUCUUCCAUCAGCCCCAGCUGUGCUGAUGGGAGUUGUAGUCCAAAAUACCUUGAGGGUAAGCCAGCUGGAGAAGGUUACUGUCAUCUGUACAUAUACAGUUACAGUGUGACGAAACGCCUGCUGGUGGCGUUCUUCUUGAAGGCUCUGGAAACCUCUGGCACCCCAGACGCAAUAAAGGUCCUUCAGACUGGAGUGUAAGGGCCUUCAGAAAGACUCGAGAAAUUUCAACGGGUGCGAGAAUUUCUGUUAAGUGUGAGAUUUUGACUGUUAUUUGGUCCUUAAUAGGUCUCUUCCUGUCCCCUGCAACCCCCUGGUUGCAAUUUGGUAUUCUGCAAUGUUUUAUCUUAGAGGUGAUACUUCCAUGUCAUAUAGAAGUGGAGAAAUGGUUUGGAUUUUCAGCAGCAACAUAGAGAGGGCACGAAAGAUUAGUGUGCAGCCUUGUUAGAAAUAUAUAUAUAUUAGUUUUCCACUAUACCCCCAAAAUAGCCAAUUUAUAACAAUAACAAUUAAUUCCCAAAUGAUACAAUUAUCAAAAUGCCAAUCAACUUCCAAAUAAUACAUUUUAGUUAAAGUGGCUCCCCAUAUGGUGGUCUGGGUGCAUUUCUGAUUUUAUAACCCUGCGUUCCAUGAUCUUAAUUUAUGUCAGUUACAUUUCAGUUAUAAUACCGUAAUAAUCCCUUAGUCAAUGGCUAUAUAAUUAAUGAUCUCCAUUUGUGAUGUUAUAAGAUAUAAAUUUAUAAAGCUUCAAGUGAGGAACUCAAACUAUUAUCUUUAUUCUGACCUGCGUGUGAAAACUGUUAGGUCCAUAGAGAUUCUUGCUGUCCAUAUAUGACGUUGUCUCUUUCACUUCCCAACUGUUGUUUUCUCCCAUUGCGACUUUGGGCAGAACUGAAUCUCGAAGUUUCUCAGAGGUCUCAUCUCUCUCCAUCCCUUGCUUCAAUGUCUUGGAACAGGCGACAGUUUGCUAGAAACCAUUCCGUCUCACUAGUAAAACAUGUCACAGAUCUUCGCCAUUUCCCCCUCAGCCUAGGAAAAGGUGGGCAGUUUUCAAAUGCACUGAAUGUUUAAUACUCCUUUCCAACUCCCCAAAUCUCUGCAGCGUUCUUAUCACAGCCCCCAGAUUCUUUUCCUUUCAGCUAGAGAUUUAUGGUGCAAUUCAUGGUGCCAGGAGCGUCUGCUCGCUGCCAUGCUAGAUUGAAGCUAUGCCUCUUGGUCCUGAAUGCUAGCAACCGACAGGACAAUGGGAUAGGUUUCUCAGACAUUGUGUUUCCCUGCAGAUUUUCCCCAAGAAACCUGUUUGGGAGGGUGAAAUAACUGCUAGCUCUUUACUCUGUCUUGUUAACAUGGAGAACCAGUGUGGCGUAAUGGUUAGGGUGUUAGACCAGGACCUGGGAGAGCCCGGUUCGAAGCCCCACUCGGCCAUGAAGCUCACUGGGUGACCUUGGGUCACUCACCAUCUCUUAGCCUAACCUACCUCACAGGGCUGUUGUGAGGAUGAAAUGGGGAGGAGGAGAACCACGUACACCACCUUGAGGAUAAAGGUGGUAUAUAACUGUUAUAAUUUCUAGCUCAGAGGCAAAUGUGAGUGCCUCUUUAUUUCAGAGCAGGUGGGAAGAGCCCAUGAAGAGGCUUCAGCGUGGAUGAUAUCAUUGUGGGGGAAAUCUGCAUUGCUAGCUCCUCCUGAAUGAUCUCAGAGCAACGCAGGAAGGAUAUGCAUUUUAGAGGCUUCCCAUGCUGUUAAGAUACCAUUCGUUCCAUCAGCUUCACUCAGUAAGGCUUAAACAAGUUUUCAUCCCAUAUAGGCUUCCCAGUUCUGAGAACCACUGCACUCUUACUGAACUUAACUAUUAAAAAAAGAAAGAAAGAAAAUCAAUUCCAAAUUAUUCCCCUCUCUGCAAAUUGGCGGUGGCCGCUCAGCCAGAAGAGCUUAGUAGAUUGUUAAUUGAUUUUUGUCACUCCAGUUGUGUAACUGGUGCUUUAUAGAUCUGGGGGCUAGAUUAAGAAAGAAAAUCUGGGGGAAGGGAAAUCACAGCAUCCAGAUAAUUGCCCAACCUUUGCGGGCUUUCCAUGUCAAAAAAGCAAAAGCCACAAGCCUAGCGAGCUGAAAGUGGAAAGGUCUGUGGUAUAUCUGUUCCCUUGCUUGAGGUUGGAUGGGUAAAAAGGCUUAGGCAUCCCAACAGAAUCUGCUUGAGCAGAGUAGGAUGGAUUCCCAGGAGUGAAAUUCAAAUUUUGCAGUCAUAUACAUGUUUAUUCCAGAUAAAUUUCAGGGCGGAACCACCAAUUGCACAAAAUAAAAGUAGUCUCCUACCAAAAGUGGAACCCCUAUGUUAAAUAUUCCCCUUCCCCCUCCACAGUGUGCAGUAAAACAUGUGGCCUAUUUCUGAUGCCACUGUUUUGUGCAUUUUCCGUCUUUCCGUAACUGGUUGUUGAGAUUGCAGGCAUGCAUGACAUGAUGACAUCAAGCUGCAAGGGGAGUUUUAUUGCACGUUUUGGCAGCAACCCUGGGUUCCUUAUGACAUGUAGUUCCACUGUCCCAUUCGAAGAUUUGCCUUCACACUAGAGUUUACUUAAGAUGUCAGCUUCAACAUCAACAUAUUCCAGUACUGACCAUCCGAUUCAAAUCUCCCAUGCCCGCCACUCUGUCCUUUGUUCAUAGUCAGAAAACAGGCCCAAUAACUAGCACAGUUGGAGUAUGUGGUGUUCAAAAAGAAAAUACUUGCACUUUUCCCCAUCAGAGAAACUAAAAAAUAAAACCACAAUGCCAUACUGGGAUAAUAGAAAUUCAUGUGGAAUCCAGUAAAACAGAGGCUUACUUUUAAAAGUUUCCUAAGAACCUAAAUCCUUGGAUUUGAAUUAGCUGAGUCCCAGAAAAAUUCAGAGAGACUAAGCUGGCAUAAAUCCAAAUUUCCCUGCCUAGGAUUUCAUGACUUCGCUGGUAGGUCGUUCCCAUUGCCUAAUACAGGCAUUCCCAAACUUCGGCCCUCCAGAUGUUUUGGACUACAAUUCCCUUCAUCCCUGACCACUGGUCCUGUUAGCUAGGGAUCAUGGGAGUUGUAGGCCAAAACAUCUGGAGGGCCGCAGUUUGGGGAUGCCUGGCCUAAUAGGUGUCUUUAAGACUACACUAGUCAAUCCUUUGUGGGAUGCAGCUAUGAGAGAAAUCACAAUGAAGACCAUAGACCACAAUCCUGGCAAGAUUAAGCACUUGUAUAUCUCACUAAUUUCAACAGGAAAUUAAGCAAGUGGCCUGGUUCAUGUUGCAACAAACCAUGGUUUAGAGUUGGGAGUGAUUAACCUGCAAUCCUCCAGAUAUUGGACUACAGCUUCUAUGAUCCCUGACCAUGGGAUAGGGACGUUGGGAUUUGCUUUUUUACCCUUCAAAAAGCAAAUACCUCCCACUUUGUUCUUCCCUAAGCAGGACUUCAGGAAGCCUGAAGUUUGGCUUCCUGAGAUAAGCAAAUGCAGGAUGUGGUUCACAUUCACAGAUCACAGCAAGCCUUCAUAGUUUGUUUUCAUUCACACUAAAGUGAGGAGCCAAGUACGAGCAAUGUGCUCAUUCACAGUAUAGCACAAACCAUGGUUUACUGUGACAUGCAAACAAGGCCUGCACAGAACUCUUUUGAAAUACGCCUCCACAUGCUUAACUUUGUCUGAAAUGUAUUCCACAGUUGUUGUUGUUGUUUUGAAAGGCAUGAAAUCAUUUAGUUCCCUUAUUGCCAUGUAUUGUGCAAAACCAUGUUUCCUUCUGUUUUGUUUUUGUAAGGGGGAAAAAUGUUCAAAAGCUCUGUUUUACGUAUUGGCUUGAAGCUAUCGGCACUGGUGUUUUUUGGAAUGUACUUAGAUGUACAUCUUACUGAGCCUUGCUUCAUUGUUUCUCUGGCGGCAAAACAGGCUGUUCUGGUGGGCAUGCAACGCACAUAAUAAUGAGAGGAGAUAACUUACUGUAAGGAGCACCAGUUCAGCAAAUCCUUCCUUGAAAAGUUGUCCUUAAAAGAGAACACUCUUAAAAGAAUUAAUUCGGUUGCAUUUUACAAAAAGAAAAGAAAAAACAGCAACAGCUUUUUCACCAUUGUGUUUUACACAGAUAUUAUCAGCAUAUUUUUUAGAAAAAAUUGCACGGUCUAGUUUUUUACUUUACCCAUUGUGCUUCCUUAGGGCUCAUAUCCAUCUGUAAUUAGGUGCCUGUAGAAAGGGCUGCGAACAAAAUUAGCAGCUAAGGGAACGAGGUAUUGUGUGGAGCAGGGUUUCCCAAAUGUGGGUCUCCAGCUGUUUUUGGACUAUAGUUCCCACCAUCCCUGACCACUGGUCCUGCUAGCUAGGGACGAUGGGAUUUGUAGUUUGUUUAUUUAUUUUUUAUUUAUAUUUCUUAAUGCUUUAUUGGUUUUCAAAACGAAACAACAAUCAACAAUCAACAAAAGGCAAACCAAGAUCAACACUCAUUACAAAAGAAAAUAAACAAUUGAAUUCACAUGUCACGAAUUCCAACACGACUUCCAAUCCCCCCAUUGUGAUUUCUAAUUUACAUUACGACUGCACACUUAACUUUAUCUCUCCUAGGUUAUUCGGUUGUGUUAAUUUUGUAAAGUUCUCUUAUUUCAUGCAGAAAUCAAUCCAGGCCGGCCAAAGAACUUAGAUUAUUACAAUGUUCUUUUAAGUAUUCUCUGUAAACAUUGCACUCUCUAUUAAAUAUUUGAUCUGUAUGGUCUCAGAAUAUUGCUGUCAAUCUUGCUAGCUCUGCAUACUCUAACAUUUUAUUCUGCCAAUCUAAUUUUGAGGGUGUAGAAUCUCCUUUGCAGUUCAACAGCAGCUGGAGACCCAAGUUUGGGAAACCCUAGUUCUGAGAAAAGGAGACUUGAGGCACAAUCCUUCCACCAGCAGGCAGAGCUCCUUCCCACUCUGCCCCCAAAUGGGAUCAGCAUAGGGCUUAGUGCAGUCCUGAUCAUCCCUAUAGAAUCAUAGUUAGAAGGCACCUUGAAUGACCUUGGGGGCCAAUCUGUAAUGGGGAGCCGACAUGGUGCCCUCCAGAUAUUUUUGGACUCCUCAGGGGUUGGCCAUGCUGCCUGGGGCCGAUGAACAUUGAAGUCCACAACAGCUGAAGAGCACCACAUUGGCUACCCCUGAUCAAAAUGCCCCCCUACAGCAGGCUUUCCCAAACCUUGGGUCUGCACCUAUUUUGGGACUACAUCUCCCAUCAUCCCUAGCUAGCAAGACCAGUGGUCAGGGGUGAUGGGAACUGCAGUCCAAAAACAGCUGGAGAUCCAAGUUUAGGAAACCCUGCUCUGACAGAACCAAGGUUCCACUGUAAAUCUUGUGAAAUAAAUCUAAAAAUUCUUUUUUUUUUAAUUAUUGGAAAAUCCAUUUUUUAAACUUUUUGAUUUCCACAUACCACAAAGCUGGGUCUUUUGUUUUGUUUUUUACAAUGCAAUCCUAGAUGUAUCUGCUCAGAAGCUAAUCCCAUGGGGUCCAAACAGGCUUACUGCUGGGCAGGUGAGUGUGGAGUUGCUGCUUAAAUGACUGAGUUGUUUUUGAAAAAAUUGCCCUAAAAUACCUGCCUGGGCUUAUUUCUGCUUUCUGCAAAGUCCAUCCUACCUAGCACUAAUCUUCUCAUCAUUUACAAAGCAUUCUUUAUAGGAUGAAGGAUGCAAUUCCUAUUAAUAGGAAUUACUUCCUUAUGGAGAGAGAAAGGCAGGCUGGGGGCAAGUAUAUAUGAUACUGUGCAGGUGGUAAAUAGAACAUGCUGAUAAGACUUUCAUGGCAAGUAUUUUACAAAAUAUGGGAUGUUUCCAGUGUGUAAAUCUUCCUUUUGCAUAGCUGAACAACAUAUUUCUGGAUGGAGCACCAAAAUCAAAUGGAUUAGAAAUUUAGGUUCAUUAAAUCUUCAUCAUAAUUGCCAUGCUGCCAUUUCAGCUUUUUAUUCCAUGCAUUGCAAUUCUGUGACAGAUGCUUUUCAUGUUCUCCAGUACCAACAGUAAAUUAUUAUUAUUAUUAUUAUUAUCAUUAUCAUCAUCAUCAUCAAAAUAUGUAGAGACAAAUUGCCUCCUAGCUAUCAACAGCAGUUUAUUCAGUGUUCAUACUGACACCCUAAUCUUAAAAAACAAUUGCAUACUUGGCCAUUGACACUAUAAUACAGUAUCGAUGUAAAUUGUCUGUGUUUUUUAAAAAAUUGGAUUGGUGCUGGUGAAAAUUGUGCUAGAGACAGACAGAUGUAAACUAGCAUUAACCAAACAAUGCAAAUCCCAGGCAAUGCCCCAACCUUUCCCUAUGUUCGCUGUGCACUUAAUUAAAUGAACAUUAAUUGAUGUGGCCUUCAGUACUUUAACUAUUGAUUUGCUAAAGAAGCAGAGUUUAGGAAGAGAUCACAAGGAGAUAUUAAGACCCUUCAGCAUUUCUUUUAAGUAUAGUCCGAUAGAUGAUAGUGGCAGAUAACAGGCAAUGUGCACCAGAUCAGGUUCUCAGACUUUGGCUGCUAAAUUUACAUUUUACAUGAAAUGAGCGCAUAGGUACAUGAAAUCCAUUAGCUCUAGGCCAGGCAUGGGCAAACUUGGCCCUCCAGCUGUUUUGGGACUACAACUCCCAUCAUCCCUAGCUAACAGGACCAGUGGUCAGGGAUGAUGGGAAUUGUAGUCCCAAAACAGACGGAGGGCCAAGUUUGGCCAUGCCUGCUCUAGGCAAUGCCCUUAAGACCUGGCCUCAACCUUGUGUUUCCUGUUACUGUUUUUCCUUCCAGGUUUCAGCCUCAACCAAUUUUAAGUAAGGGCCCUGGAUUGAUCUGUCUAGCUGUCAGUCACUGGAACAAACUCUUAAAUAACAAAGAGUUAUUCUCCCAUAUUUCACCUUUUGAUUCACUCGCAGCUGUUAUUUGAAGUGCCAUAUUUGAGGGAUGGGGAGUGUUGUUGUUUUGUAUAUGCCUGUGAAAGAGGUCUGUAAUAUUAAUUUUCCUGCCUCCCUUAUCAUCGUCCAAAAUGUGAAUGUUGGGUUUGUUAUUUGAACGGUAGUAUCCCAUGACUGGUAUUGUUCGGUAAGAGUCAUUGAUGUUUGGGGAUCUCUUGCCAUCUUUCGUCUCUCAGCUGGGCACCAAAGUGUGUUUUCCCUCUUGGCGUACUGCUGCCUUGUUUGUGGCUGUCUCACAUUCAGAUGAUCUAAAGUUUCUUGAUGUUUAUUCUCGUGCCUUCAAAUCCGUUGUCCCCCCCAAAAAAAAUUGUUCUCGCGGAUUGUGAAAGUGAUGUCCGUUAAGGAACCUUCUGUCAUUUUCUUCCAUGUUUUUCUCUCUUUAUGGUAAACUCUGGGUCCGGACUCUUCUGACAAGAUUUUCUUGAGUUGAUUUUUUUUUUUCAAACAAAACUGUGACUGGACUAUUCUUAAUGUGUCGGGAGAACUGAGGGAAUAAGCAAAUACCUGUAUUUAAACGAACUUGACUCUCAUGAGGAAAAAUCGGGAUGCAGCUUCCUCCCCUCUUCAUUUACAGCAAACGUUCUUACUGGCCUUUCAAUAGCGGAGGAAGUCAGUCCUAAAUGUGGUCAAAAACAAUGGAAGUUUUCUGCUCCAUGACAAAACUGUGAGAUCUGUCUUCACGCUCUGCAGCAGCUUAUCAGCUGAAGAAUUCAACCCACCUCACCUUCCAGCUGAAAAAACGCCUCUAAUUAUAGUGUUUCCAAUACAAAUAUAUAUGUAUGUAUGUAUAUAGCUAGCUAGAUAUUUUGAAAACUGAGAAUAAUUGGCUUCCAGGGGACUUGAGUGCACAUGAGCAGGGAGAGUAAGUUGUAGAAUACAGCUUUGGUACACUGCUUUAAAAUAAAUGGAACAAUUGUGGAAACGUGAGGGGGAAUUAGGACUGUUAGCGAAUACAAUACAAUGGGCACAGAGGCCUGCUAAAAUGCAUUUGCAGUCAAGCAAUAGUGUGUCCUCUGUUCUCCCUUUCUUUUCCCUCCCCCCUCAAAAUAAUAAAAAAGGACCACAACACCAGCACAUCCCAUGGUAUAAAGUAUUUAUUUUAAAGACUUGGCUCUAAUAGGACGGAAUGCAAGCAGCAUUAAGUGCCUGAUGUGUGGGUGGGGGUGUUUUAACUGUCAUGGACAAACACGUUUAUAGAGUGAUCCCAAGCAAACAAUCGCGUUCUGCUAAUACAUCCCCAUGUUUGGCCUGGAAGAGAGACGCGAUCUGGCUUAGAAUCACCAAAAUUGCAAGUAUAAAGUGUGCCAAACAACUUGUGGGGGAGGGCGACCCUGAAAUGCAUAAAAUGCUUGUGAUGGCCUGUAGCAACUGAUAAUACUGCAAAGCAUGUUAGAGCUACAGGGAGAUGUUUUAGCAGUAUCUUAUCUCUAAGGCUGUGUUCACAUUCCCUUUCACUGCGAUUGCAGAGCCGCUUUGUCAAAUCUGUGCUCACACAAUGUUGGAACCCAGACACACAUGUAUCCUGAACUUUGUUACGAAAUACUGUUGUUUGAUGCGCCGUUUCUCAAACCAGCUUCACACCCGUUGGGAGUCCUCGAGCGGUUCCUAAUUUGUCUCUAGCCCACCUGGCGUUUUCAGAAACGAAUUGAAGCUGUGCUGAGGUGAGCAGCUGUGGGGAGGAGAGAGAGCUGCGAAACACACAGCGGGGGUACACAACUUCGCUGCGCUCUUAAUGCAGUAAUGUGAACACACCCUUAAUGCGGGGUUGGUUCUGCCAGUGGUGCUUCAUGUGGCAGCAAGAAGGGUAACCAAUCCAGAAGGAUCAUCCAUAAGUGAAAAUGUGCCUCCACUAUCAGAAGCUACCCAGUGCCCAGCAGCGUAGCUACAUAGCUGCCAAGUCUCCCGUAUUCCCUGGGAAACCCCCGUUUUUCCAGCUGUCCCCAGCCGAAAAAACAGAUUUUUUUGUUUUUCCCCGGUUUAUUCUGGCACGGCGGCCAUUUUGGAACUGGGCGGAGCAUGCUCAGAAGCAACUUUUGAUGCUGCUUUGACCAGUUCCAAAAUGGCUGCAGCGUGACUUCUGGUGCGGUGGCCAUUUUGGAACAGGGCAGAGCAGCAUCAAAAGUAGCUUCUGAGCAUGCUCCGCCCAGUUCCAAAAUGGCGGCAGCGCUACAUCCGGUCUGCUACUUCCGGUCCAGUCCCUUAUUUCUCAGGCCGGAACUUGGCAGCUAUGCGUAGCUAGCCGCUCGGGUGCCAGGGGCGCGCACCCUGCAAUCGGGGACAAAGCGAGCCACCCAUGGGGGCAGGGCAAGCUGCCCAUGGGGACGGGGCGAGCCAAGGCAGGGCAUGCUGCAUGGAGCCUUUCUGCAACCCCCCCCCCAACUGUAGGGCGGCUGAGGCGGUGGGCAAAUGCAAGCCCCAAGCUGCUCGAAAAAGCAGCGCAGAGCUUGCAGGCAGUCCACUCACCGCCUCCCCCUCAAGAGAGAUGCAUGGCUCAGGCACACUGCAGGUCCUGAGGUGUGAUGCCCAGUGCCCCCUACCUCACCUACCUACGCCUCUGGAUUAGGUAGAUUCAUGGAGGUGAGGGCUGUCGAAGACUACUAGCCAUAAAGGCUGUGCUCUGCCUGCAAAGUUGGAGGCAGAAAUGCUUCUGGUUUCUGGAAACCACUCAAGGGGAGAGUACUCCUGCAGUGGCAGUAAGAAGGGGCGUGUGGUGGGUGCAGGAGUUAUUUUUUUUCAAAAA